AUGGACUUGGUGGAACACAUUAACCUCAAUUUGGAUCCCGCAGAUGACCCACGAAGGAGGCACCGAACAAAGUCUUUGAAAUCACAUCUCAAUCACAAUUAUCGGGUCCACGCCUGUGGUCAGCUAGGUUCUUUUGCUGUAGACAGCAUAGCUUCAAAUCAAGACAUCCAAGAUGGUGAGACCAUUGUUUCAACUGGAGGAAUGUAUGAACUUGGCUUUUUUAGCCCCAGUAACUCAAACAAUCGAUACUUGGGAAUAUGGUUCAAGAAGAUAUCAACAGGUAGAGUGGUAUGGAUUGCAAACAGAGAGUUUCCGAUACCUAAUAAAACAGGCACGCUCAAAAUCAACAGAAAGGGACACCUAUUGCUUUCCUGCUGUGGCGAUACCCUAAUUUGGUCAUCCAAUUCCUCCGCGUUUGUCAGGUAUAAUAACAAUCCAGUGGCACAACUUUUGGAUACUGGAAAUUUUGUUGUAAAAGAUGGUAGUAGUAGUAGUAGUUCUAAUAAGACAAAUUUCAUAUGGCAAAGUUUUGAUUAUCCUGGUGACACUUUGCUAGCUGGAAUGAAACUUGGUAAGGAUUUUGUAACAGGCAUAAACAGGAGCUUGACAUCAUGGAAGAGUCCUGACGAUCCUUCUACAGAUAAUAUCUUUGAGGUGGGAUGGAAGCAUAGCAUUGUUGCAUUGGAACAAUCGAAGUCAAAAUUGGGUUGUGUAUACAAGUGGUCUAAUAGACAGUUGUGUUCGCUAUGGAAUCUGUGGUCCUUAUGGAAGCUGUAA